CAUUUCCGUGGUCAACAACUUCCGAAGAGCCGGACGAACUUUCCCCAACGAUUUUUAAUAUUUUUCUUCGCGUUUGAUUUUUAACUAUAUUUUUAUACUGCUUUUUCUUUUUUUAACACUAUAACAGUUAGUGCGAAUAAUCUGGAGUUGGAAAAACAGAAUCACUGGUCAUCAUUGAAGACAUGUUACAGCAGUUAAAGUGCAGGUCUGAAAGGUUGUUUGCUAAAUUGACAGAAGCGGACACUACGCAGACUUCUGGACAUCAGCAAACUCGGACUUGUCAGAGUAUGGCUAAGCCAAGCAGCAGUCCUAAGACCAGUAGAAGUGGAAGUAAAACUCCUAAAUCCAGAAGUAGUAUUGAUUUUAAUUCAGUACCCCUAAUCGCUCUCAAUAUGGGCGUGAGGAAGAAGUUUUCGCUGUACUUGAACCCAGAAACUUCAGUGGCGGCGAACUGGAUGGCUCUGGCAGAAGAGAUGGGCUUUGAUUACUUGGAAAUAAAAAAUUAUGAGCGGGAAGAGAACCCGACGAUGAAAAUUUUGGAAGACUGGCAGGCACGGUGUACAAAGGGGGGGAGUGUUGGACUGCUGUUAGAUUUCCUGCGAAAGAUUGAGAGAGACGAUAUUCUGACUGAUCUGUCUCGGUUCAUUGAGGAAGAUUGCAGGAAGUAUUUUGAAAGAGAGAAACUGGAGAAGAUGGAGAUGCAGAAGAAGAAGAAUCAGCCGGUACAGGUACAUACUGUAGACAGCAGUGACAUACGUACACCGGAACUGCAAGGCAUUACUACCAGAGAUGAUCCAGCAGGAGGCAUGCCUGAGUUGUUUGAUGCCUUCAUCUGUUACUGCCGAGCUGACAUUUCUUUUGUCCAUGAGAUGAUCAAGCAAUUGGAGCAGUCCAGCUUCAGACUAAAGUUGUGCGUUUUUGACAGAGACGUCCUCCCAGGAACAUGUGUAUGGACCAUCACCAGUGAGCUCAUUGAGAAAAGGUGUAAGAGGAUGGUGGUAGUCAUUUCAGAUGACUACCUCGACAGUGAUGAAUGUGAUUUCCAAACAAAGUUUGCACUAAGCCUCUGCCCAGGUGCUCGUCAAAAGAGACUUAUUCCUGUCAAGUACAAGUCUAUGAAGAAAACAUUCCCCAGUAUUUUGCGGUUCAUCACAGUGUGUGAUUACACCAAUGAGUGCACAAAAGCUUGGUUCUGGACUAGACUUGCAAAAGCUCUGUCCCUUCCCUGAAUGGAGGAGGCCCAAUUGUACGCUCAUGUGCAUCCAUACCUUAUCUCAAGAGACUUCUAGUUGUGAUGUACUCUGUAGCAGUUAUGAAUUUGAAACAGCUGUUACAUUUUUUGAGCGUGACUUUUGAAAGGGUUUCAGUCAGGAGAGCCUGUGAUUGAAGAAAGUUUAUGCCUUUUUUUCAACUUAAGGCAUUCUCGCAUACCAUCCAGGGUAUUGUUCAAAUUUGUGACAGAUACAGCCAAUAUUAUUUUGCUGCCCUGACUAAAGAAAAGUACUUUUAUGAGACAGACUACACAAAACAGUGAAAACAGUAUAAACAACUUAGGUUAUAUUCACAAAAAUAAUUUUCUAUGUUUAUAUAAAAUGUCAAAAAUUGUAUCAAGUGUACAUUACAACUGUUGCUGUAACUACUGUAGAAAGGCAUUGUGCAUGAAGUUUGGAAUCAAUAGUUCGCACCAGUUGUCGGUUCUACUUUUUCAAAAUGUGAGUAGAUCAGUAUGUGAAUGUCUUUUAUUCAUUCCAACAUUCAAAACAGUAGUGGGAUUCUUAGGAAAAAAAUGAUUUAACUUCCCAGUAGAAAAAUAUAUAUUAUUUUGCCAAACUGUACAACAGCAUAUAUUUUCCAGCAUUUUUGUUCUGUAGCAUCACUGCAGGCAAGUUUGAAAUCCAAGUGUCGCAUUGACAUCACUGCAUUGUGUGGAAAACAGUGCAGUCUGCAGUUUUAUUUUAAUAAUUAAGAGAGCAGAUUGAACCAAAUGUAAGGGAAAUGAAAGUGACACUAAUCCAGCGUUUGGAAAGUGAAACAACUAAAUAUUUACAUCAGCUCUUUUUAUUGGCUGUUCAUCUGCAUUUGUGUAGAAAUUCCAAAAUGACAUUCUGUUGUAUUAGCAAAAAGGAUGUUAAUAUUUUAGAUCAUUAUUACUCAUCUGUGGUUGGUGGAGGGAACAUGAGCCAGUUUCUGUUUCUCUUCAUAAGCAAUUUUUAUGCAGAGGAAGGGAAAAUCUUGAGCUUAAAAAAGUAAGAGCAAGAUUUGUCUUGAUCACAUGUUAUGUCAACCAUGUAUGUCAGUAUUUGUAGCUAAAGCUGCCAUCGGCAGAGCAGAACAGUUAGCAGUGUGGUACAGAUAAGGGAUAAUUCUUGAUGGCUAUUCCGUGUACAUGUGGAUUUUACAGUUUUGAGGCAGCAUGGUGUGUUCAUGUAUUACCCUUGUAAGUGAAAAAGUUUGUGUUGUGCCAUUUUUUUUAAUUACCGGAUUUAUUAGACUGGCCAUUCUAGGUAGGAACGAAAGAACUGCUUGUAAUAAAAAAGAAGGUGGGAUUAAAUCUUAGCAGAAUGCCCCUAAUGAAAGUAACAUCUCCAUCAGACAGCACAUUGUGUAAAAGUCUUCUGUUAUUGUUUACAGCCACCACUGUCACCUUUAUCUAGAGCAGGGGUGUCCAACCUUUUUAGCUCAGGGGCACUUACCGUAUUUGACAGGUUUGGGGAGACUCAUCACCAUAAUGUGAUUUCUAUACCAACCAUAGUCAAAGGUGCACAUCAGUCAUGGAACAAAAAACUAACACUGGUGGUGUCAGAUUCACUUAAACAUGCAACUUACAAGUUUAACAUUAACAAAUUGUAUCCUUGCUACAACACUGCAAAUAUAAUAGUGGAAAUGCACAUGAAAGCAGUUUUCAAAAUGUUAUAACUGUGCAAAUCUAGAUGAAGGUUUACCAAAAACCUAUUAUGACAAAUGCCAGAAGAUAAAAUGAAAAACAUCAGAAGUACUGAACCAAGGCCUUCGUUUAUAAUUACAAAACCGAACAUCAGUGCAGGCAGGGGGAAAAAAAAACAGUGCAGGUGGGAAGAAACCAACAUCCGUACAGUCGGGGAAAAGAAACAACAUCAUUAUAGUUGGGGAAAAAAAAACAUCAGAGCAGAUGGGGGGGGGGGAUCAACAUCAGUACAGGUGAAGGGAACUGAUCUGUGUCACAACUGAAGAUGAAGAGAAAGAAAAAUGUAAUUCUGAUAAUCCUCCACUUCCAAUUGGUCAUGCACAUCAAUUCUACCACACGCAAGCUAAGUACAGGUGAAAAACUUGAACAGUAUCAGAAAUGCAUAGAAAAAAUUUGUCUGAAACAACCCCCCCUUCAGCAAUUGGUUAUGCAGAUCAACUAUAACACAAUUCUAGCAUUCACUCAACAAAAACAUGCUAAUUCAGAAUGACUCAUCUAACUUGUAAUGACUGUAAUUAUGUUUGUAAAUACCUCACUCAAAUGAAAACAUAUGCAGGGAAUGUUAAAUUAUAGAAGAAUAUUCACACUUAACCUAACACAUACAUACCAGUCAGUAAAUUACAUGGAUUCAACCCCCCAUACCAAAUAUAGCAGAUUACUAUUUGAUAAUUAAUGUUGCUCACACACAAACAGAGGGGAAAGUAGAAAUAAUUCUCUCUCAAAUAUGCAGUCUUUGCAUAUUCCACAUGCAUCAUUCAAAGAAUUAUACAAAAAUCCCCCCCCCCCCCUUGGAACUCAAGCAACCGACAAAAAAAAAUCGAGGAAAUACAGUACAAUUUUCAUGUGUUGCACUUUCUGUUUUCACCCUGCAGAAACAUACGUUAUGUUUUAGAGUUUUAGAGUUUGGAAAGGAAGAUAGGAAUAAAUUCCCUUACUCCCCAACCUGAGAACAGGUCAAACCAAACAAAUAGUAAUAGGGUACAGUAUCAGUCAGGCCUUUUUUUAAAAGUAAUUCUUAAACAACCAGAAGCUACAGUUAUCUGGCAUCUACCAAUCCCCAUGGGUGCCGAUUAAUUGAGAGUUUACUGCAAUUAACUAUUUCUCCCUAAAAAUCAAAAACAGAGGUACAGGCCUGGUAUCAUAGCACAUGAUGUUUCAAAUUGCAUUCCUGAUAGCUCUGUGCAUCUUACUUAAGACCAAGAAUGAGUGAUAAAACAAAAAUAACUGGGUGAGAAAACAAAGACCAAAACCUAGAACAGAUUGUAAAUAUUUCAUAUACUUAGAGACAGUAGUAGAGCAGGUUUUCCAUUAGCAUGUAUUUUCUGAAGGGUAUUACAUCUGAAACUCAGAUGCCUGCCAUUAUUGCCUAGAAAGUCAUAUAUUUCACAAUGAACACAAAAAAAAGAUGUAAAAUGAGGAAGUUUUCCGAGUAUAUCGGUCAAACUAUUACAAAAGGUUAAAAAUGCAGGAAGAAGCUUUAAUCAGCCUUCCUAUUACUGAAAACACACACACACAUGCAUAGACAGUAAAGGCAGUCUGUCCCACAGAUAGUAUUUACAUAUCAAAGUAUACUCUGACAUGCUGAACAGCCAGGGAGGGGGGGGAAAUGGCACUUCAUUUUGAAAACAAAUGCAGACACUGCUCUCUCAACCUUGCACAGUAAAGCACAAAUUGAGACAGAUUGGGGGGGGGGGGUUAGAAAGGCCCAAAAUCAGGGCCCACUACACUAACUCACUUAAAGUUAAUGGAACAGGUUUGAUGUCAAUAUACAUUUUCCAAACAAGUAUGACAAUGUAUGGGUAGGGGGCACAAAGGCCCCAAAUCAGGGACCACUACAAUAGUUCACUUAAAGUUAAUAGAAAAGGUUUGAUGUCGACACGUAUUUUUCCGAACAAUUCUGACGUUUGGUAUCGCUGACUGGAAUCAUCAGUGUCUUUUUUUAUAAUCUUUGUUAACCACGUAAGCCAAAAACGCUGAACACAGAGUAAACAAAUGGAACUGGAAGAAAUCAAACCUGGUACUCUUAACUAAAAAAAAAAAAAACAA